GAGGCAGCGAGUGCCCGGAUCGGCCGCAGCCGCCGCCGCCGCCCCGCGCAAUCCGCCGCCAUCCGCCGCGCCCCGCGCCCAUCACCCGUCCGCACCCGGCUCCGCAGGCACCCCCGGCUCCCCGCCACCACCACAGGCAGAUCGGGAGCGGCGCAGAGAAAUUUCCUUACUAGAUGACAUUUCAUCGCAAUGUCCGAUCGUUUGGGGCAAAUAACCAAGGGAAAGGAUGGGAAAAGCAAGUACUCGACUCUCAGCCUGUUUGAUAAGUAUAAAGGAAAGUCAAUAGAAGCUAUCAGAACUACAGUUAUUCCUAGACAUGGCUUACAGAGUCUUGGGAAAGUUGCUGCUGCCCGGCGCAUGCCACCUCCUGCAAAUUUGCCUAGCUUGAAGUCUGAGAACAAAGGAAACGACCCCAACAUCAUUAUAGUACCCAAGGACGGUACAGGAUGGGCAAACAAGCAGGACCAGCCAGACCAAAAGAGUUCCAGUGCGACGGCUGCACAGCUGCAGGAGUCGCUGCCGCAGCAGGGUUUGCAGAAAUCUGUCUCCAAUUUACAGAAGCCGACACAGUCAAUCAGUCAGGAGAGUACAAAUUCAGUGCCAGGUGGACCAAAGUCAUGGGCACAGCUGAAUGGAAAGCCAGCAGGACAAGAAGGUGGUUCAAGGGCCUCAAGCCGACUGUUAUCCUUCUCUCCCGAGGAAUUUCCGACGCUGAAAGCAGCUGGCGAGCAGGACAAGGUUGGCAAAGAAAAGGGCGCCUUAGAUCCGUCGUAUGGGCCAGGACCAAGCCUCCGCCCCCAAAAUGUCACCAGUUGGAGGGAGGGCGGUGGGAGGAACGUCACCUCUGCCACAUCUCUGACCGCCUCCCCUGCUGAGCUGGGCAGCAAAACCUCCAGCACUGGAGACGGGGCCCCCUCCUCAGGGAGCACCAACGAUCCCAAGGAGCCGUCUCUGCGCCCAGCUCAGCCCGUCCGCAAAGGGGCUUCGCAGUUCAUGGGAAACGUCUACCAGCCACCCACCUACCAUGACAUGCUACCUGCUUUUAUGUGUCCACAGCAGCCAUCUGAGACCCCUGCACCGCUGGACCGAGGGUCUUUCCCCACUCCUCAGCUUCGGCUUGAGCCCCGGGUACCUUUCAGACAAUUCCAGAUGAAUGACCAGGAUGGAAAAGAGAACAGGCUCAGCCUGUCUCGUCCAACACGCCCAGUUCGGCAGCAGAUGGAGCGAGUGCCUCGGCCCACCAUCAUCAAUGCAGAGAACCUGAAGGGGCUGGAUGAGCUGGACAAUGAUGCAGAUGAUGGAUGGGCAGGCAUUCAUGAUGAAGUGGAUUACUCUGAGAAACUAAAGUUUAGUGAAGAUGAAGAAGAGGAAGAAACUCUUAAAGAUGGACGACAGAAGUGGAACAGCUGGGAUCCCAGAAGGCAGCGACAGUUGUCCCUGAGCUCUGCAGACAGUGCAGAUGCCAAGCACACCUUGGAGGAAGGAAAGAAUUGGAAUGAUUCAGUUGGCUUGUCCCGGCCAGUCCGGAAAGCGCAGGAUUCACAGCAGCCUCCGAGGAAGCUGAAUGGCUGGAGCUCUGCCUCAGAAUACCAGAAGCCUGCGCUGGGAAGUGUUCUCAGACAGCAGUCCCUCGAGGAUAAAGAAGAAAAGGUGCCUGUGAGACAGAAGUUUGUGCACUCUGAGAUCUCUGAGGCUGUCGAGAGAGCCAGGAGGCGACGGGAGGAGGAGGAGCGGCGAGCCAGGGAGGAGCGCCUGGCAGCCUGUGCUGCGAAGCUCAAGCAACUUGAUCAGAAAUGCAAACUGGCUCAGAAGAGUGGGGAGACACAGAAACACACAGAGAAUGAAGAUGUGCGACCUCCCAGCACAGAGAAAAACACUGCACAAGAGAAUGGCCAUGCUUUCCGUAAAGCAACCCCCGAGUUUCACACACAGGAUGCCUCUGUUGGCUAUCUGGAAGAGGAGAGUCCUGCUCCAGCAGCAGCAGCCCAAAGCAGCAGUGAGGAGGAGCUCAGAGAAGCUCCCUCACCAGCACAAGAAUUCAACAAAUACCAGAAGUCUCUUCCCCCACGAUUCCAGAGGCAGCAGCAACAGCAGCAGUACUUCAGUGUGAUUCCUGGCUCCACAACCAUGUCCAAUGGCCCAUCCUGUUGCCUGCAGGAGCAGCUGUACAAGAUGCAGCACUGGCAGCAGCAGGUCUAUCCUCCCCCGUCCCACUCCCAUCCCCAGCGGACGUUCUACCCGCCGCACCCGCAGAUGCUCAGCUUCGAUCCCCGCUGGAUGAUGAUGCCGUCCUACAUGGACCCUCGCAUGGCCCAGAGUCGCACCCCCGUGGAUUUCUACCCCUCAGCCCUUCACCCUUCAGGAAUUAUGAAGCCCGUGAUUCAGCAGGACUCCAUCAGUGGGAGCAGCUGUCGGUCUGAAGAUCAGAACUGUCAGGCAGGGCAGACAGAGAGGAAAACUGCUGCCUUGGAUCCUGUGCCAGUGUGGGGCCAGGACAGCUACACAUCCCUGCAGAGCAAAGGAUACUCCCUGUCGCAUCAGAAACAUGUUGACAGCAUGGGCAUGGAAGGGCUGCAUGCCAGGAAUGAAAAUUACUCUGCUUCUGGAAGGCCAGAGAGUCUGAGCACUCAGCGAGAUCUCUUUGAGGAGAGAGGGGAGGAGUAUUUGAAUGCUUUUGACAAGAAGGCCCAAGCAGACUUUGACAGCUGCCUGUCUUCUCAGAGGAUAGGCCAGGAUCUCUUGUUCCAGCACCAGGAGAGUGUGCAGGAAGCCUGUGCUGCUGGCAGCCGCCAUGCGAACCUGAGGUGUUCACCCCUGGAGCCUGAUUUUAUCCAAGCAGAGAAGAAGCCUGAAUAUAAUGGUUGGGAUAUCAGCCACCAUCAGAAACCUGCGGAGACAGCAGAGGAAGUUGCUGAAGAAGGAGCCCGGGAGGAGCAGUCGUUCAGUGCUGACCCCUGGAAGAAAGAAGGAGCCAAUACCAAGCAGGCCACUGAAGAGACAGCAGAGUGGGUUCCUGAGAGCCGCAACACCAGCGGGCAGCCCCAGGAGCAGAUGGGGAGAACACGGCGGUCGGGCCCCAUUAAAAAACCAGUCCUGAAAGCCCUCAAGGUGGAAGAGAAGGAGAAGGAGAUGGAGAAGGUUAAACUGGAGGGAGAGGACAGCUCACGCCCGCUGAAGGAGAAGGCAGCUGUUCAGAAGGUAGAAAAUGAGUCAGAUGACUCUGCUGCCUUGCUGAAUUCAACGCGUUACCUGCUGGAUGACAAAGGUUCUUCCCAAACGAGCCUUGCACGGGAGGCUGAGAAAUCCCAAGAGGAAGAAGAGGACGAGGAGGAAGAAGAGAAGCCAGAAAGAACCUGGGAGAACAAACUAUCCAGAGAAAGCAGCGAUCUCCCUCCCACAAAAAGAAACAAUUGGAUCUUCAUUGAUGAGGAGCAAGCCUUUGGUGGGAGAGGUCAAGGGCGUGGGCGAGGGAGAGGCUUCAGAGAGUUCACUUUCAGAGGCCGAGGCACGGUUGUGAGCAGCAGGGGGGUCUACAACAACACCCAGAGGAGCAGCCGGGGCCGAGGGCUCCGGGAGUUUAACCAGCCAGAGGACUUCCCCAGAGGCAAACCAAGGCGCCGGAUUGCCAGUGAGACACACAGCGAAGGGUCAGAGUACGAGGAGCUCCCCAAACGUCGCCGGCAGAGGGGCUCUGAGAACAGCAAUGAAGGCUCUGUGCUGGACAGGGAUGACAGUGAUUUGAAAAAGGGAGACUUCAAAGAGUCUUGGAGGUCCAACAAAAUCUAUUCAGAUGAUCACAAUAGCCUGGAUCCUAAGAUGAGGGCUCCAAGAGCCUUUGGGAGAUCACUGCCACCAAGACUGAGCAAUUCUGGCUAUGGGCGAAGGGGGUUCAUGGGUAAGGAGCCCACCCAGUGGCAAGGCAGGAGUGGGGGAGGAGGGUGGCAGGAAUACAGCCACACAUCUCCAUCAGACACUUUUGGGAGCAGGCAGCAGUCUGACAGGGACUACCUUCAGGAUUCUUACAAACACACGGAUUCUUUCUCCAGCCGGGUUUUUGAUGAGAGUCAUCUGGAUGACAAAAGGCACUUUUUCCAGGAGGAUUACUCAGCAGAUCAGGAGAACAUAGAGAACAGGCCCUUCAGGAGGCGGCGUCCUCCCCGGCAGGACAAGCCCCCACGGUUCAGGCGCCUCAGGCAGGAGAGGGAAUCAGUCGGGCAGUGGAACCCCGAGGAGGGAGGCCCUAAUUUGCUGCCCAGCCAGUGGCCAGGCAGACCCAAGCUGGGCACUGCAGAGAAGAGCAGCAUCUCGGGCAGACGCUCUCCUGAGCUGUCCUACCAGAACUCUUCGGACCACGCCAAUGAGGAGUGGGAGACAGCGUCUGAGAGCAGUGACUUCAGCGAGCGGCGGGAGAGAAGAGAUGGCGCUCCAGAGAGUGAGGGCCAGCUGGAGGGUGGCCUCAGCACUGGGAGCCUGGGAGAGAAGAGGGAACUGGCAAAGAGGAGCUUCUCGAGCCAGAGGCCGCUGGUGGACAGGCAGAGCCGCAAAGCUGAGCCAGCAGGGUUUGCAGAGCAGUCUGUCAGGAGCAGUGUGGGAGCAGCUUCCAGAUACGAGAGCCAGCAGAAUGGCACCCUGAUGAAGAGCAAAAGGUCUCCAGAAGAAGGAGGAGGCCUUGGCAACACCAGUGGUGGGAGCAGCCACUCCAUUUAUAGCUUGGAUAGGGCCUCCCAUGUGAACUCAGAGAGCGCUGAGGGGCCAGGUAAAAAGCCAGAGAAGGAGCACAAAUCCACUGCACAAAGAGCAAGUGAGAAGGGAGAGGCCUUGUCACAGUUCGAACUGAGUUAUGGAAGUACCAUCAUUGAUAAUCGGGUGUCGAACACAGCAGAAGAGAAUGAAGUUGGUUCCAUGGCAGGGGAAGGCUUCAUUGAGGUUCUUACUAAAAAGCAGCGUCGUUUGCUGGAAGAGGAGCGGAGGAAGAAGGAACAGGCUGCUCAGGCACCAGCCAAGGCCCGCGUCCUUCAGUCGCGCAUUCCGCCGCGGUUUGCCAAGAAGCAGAACGGCCUGUGCUUGGAGCAGGGUGAUGUAGCAGUGUCUGGAAACAGCCUGGGCACAGAGAUCUGGGAGAGCAACAGCCCAGCACUUUCCGUUCAGUCUCCUGGCAGUGAUUCCUGGAGCAAGCCUGUAAAUACCUUUAAUGGUACUGAGUCCAGCACUGAGCAGGGAUUUAAAGGCAGCCAGGGGGAUAGUGGCAUUGACUUGAGCGCGGAGUCUCGGGAAUCCUCCGCGACCUCCUCUCAGCGCAGUUCUCCAUAUGGCACCCUCAAACCAGAGGAGAUGAAUGGGGCUGGCCUGGUGGACCCAAAGCCUGACUGCCAGAAGGAGCAAGUGCAGAAGCAAACUGAUAAAAAGGAUUCAGAUCAAGGCUCAGGACAGAACAAGGAACACAAGCCCGGACCAAUCGGCAACGAACGCUCCCUGAAAAACAGAAAGGGUUCGGAGGGAACGGAACGGCUGGAAGGGAAUAUUCCCCCUGUUAAUGGGGUGGAAAUUCACGUGGAUUCUGUACUUCCUGUGCCACCCAUUGAAUUUGGAGUAAAUCCUAAAGACUCUGACUUCAGCUUGCCGCCUGGUUCUGCCUCUGGCACUGCAGCUAACCCUGUCACCAAAUUGCAGGAUGCCUUGGCCAGUAAUGCAGGGUUAACACAGUCCAUUCCCAUCCUGCGAAGGGAUCAUCACCUCCAGCGCUGCAUCGGCCUGAACCCCAUGUCCUUCCCCACUGCAGACCUUACUCUUAAGAUGGAGUCUGCUCGUAAAGCUUGGGAAAACUCUCCGAGUUUACCAGAACAGAACUCCCCAGGAGGUGCAGGCUCAGGCAUCCAGCCUCCUUCCAGUGUUGGAGCUUCCAACGGUGUCAGCUACAGCUCUUUUGGUGGAGUUUCUAUGCCUCCUAUGCCUGUGGCCUCUGUAGCACCUUCUGCAUCUAUUCCAGGUAACCAUAUUCCACCCCUGUAUCUGGAUGGCCAUGUGUUUGCAAGUCAGCCCCGCCUGGUCCCUCAGACAAUACCUCAGCAGCAAAGCUACCAACAGGCUGCUGCUGCUCAACAGAUUCCCAUUUCCCUCCACACAUCCUUACAGGCCCAAGCUCAGCUUGGACUGAGGGGUGGUCUGCCGGUUUCCCAGUCCCAGGAGAUGUACAGCUCCAUACAGCCCUUCAGGUCUCAGGUGUACAUGCACCCCAGUCUGUCCCAGCCCAGCACCAUGGUCCUGACAGGAGGCACUGCUCUGAAACCUCCAUAUUCCGCCUUCCCAGGCAUGCAGCCCUUGGAGGUGGUGAAAACCCAGUCUGGGUCCCCUUAUCAGCCCAUGAACGGAAGCCAGGCACUGGUUUAUGAGGGGCAAAUAAACCAGGCUGGUAUGGGAGCCUCCCAGAUGAUGGACUCUCAGCUCACACAGCUGACAAUGCCUGUGCCUGGCUCCCAGCUGCCUCUGCCCCGCUACGGCUCUGGCCAGCAGCCCCUGCUUCUGCCACAGUCCAUCCAGCUUCCUCAGGGGCAAAACCUGCCUGUAGGAGCUCCCCGAAGAAUCCUCCCUCCUGGAUCCCAGCCUUCUGUUCUUGCUGCCAGCAGGGAGUCCUCCCAGAUGGAAAUGAAAGGGUUUCAUUUCUCCGAUGGUAAACAGAGCAUGUCCUCCGGAGGGUCAGUACCAUCCCCACACACGUACAGAAUUUACUCCAUGAAUGUUGUCGACUCUUCGAUUUCCAGGCCUAGCUCUGCCAGCCCCAGCGGGAAGCCGUCGGGACCAGCAGUGAGCAUGGGCUCUGUGCAAGGACACUACGUACAGCAGGCAAAGCAGCGGGUGGAUGAUAACAAAGCCAGUCUGGGAGCAGUGAAGCUGCAAGAAGCAACCUCCACAAACCAGAUGAAGCCAGUGCGCACAGGAGCGAUCAAACCUCAGGCAGUCAAAGUGGAGGAGAGCAAGGCCUAGGAGCACCUCUGAUGCCUGGCUGGUCCUGCUGCCUGAGAGGCACCACAGCUUAGACUGGACCCCACUGGAUCUCCUGAAAAUCUCACCAGAUCUAUCCCCACCCCACACUGACUGACUACAUCAUUCAAGCCCCUCUCCCAACAAAGCAGUUUGAAACAGUGGAUAUGACAUUGACCUGCUUGCUUUAAAACAAACCGAUCAUGUGACUUUUAAGUGGCUUUAGCCAUUUUUUUUUUUUUUAUUUCCCCCUCCCCAUGCCCCAUCCACAGGUAGCUGUGAUCGCUCACUUGGCAAAGCCCGUCCUUCUCCUUCCCUACUUCUGUCUCAGCAGAGUGGCAACUGGGGGAGAGGGGUUUAGUUUGAGGUUUUUCAUUUUAAAGGCAGCUGAGGUUUUUACAAAAAAGCUGUAUCUUUGUUUAUAGCAGAACUUUUAUAUGUUCUCUCAUUCUCCCCCUUCUUUCUGCUUUCCUCAUUCCUUUCAGAAGAGAAUUCCCUUCAGUUAAAAUGAUGUUCUGACAAAACUCUGCUUAGUUUUGUAUAUGGUUCUGUGCUAUGUUGAGAGUUCGAGUUUGUUUGGGUGUAUUUCCUCAGAUGAUUUAGUCUUUCAGACUUUGAUUAAAAAAAAACAGGACAGAUAUGACAUUUGUUAAUUUUUCAGUAUUUUUGUUUUAAGCUAGAAGCAGUGCUUGCAGUAGGAAGAAAUGUGUACUAAAGACACAUAAUACAUCAGUGCAUAAAUCCUGAAACUUGCACCACUUCCAUGCAGCUUUGGGGUGCUUGGUGCACAACAAAAUUUAGCAUUUUCAUUUUAAGGAAAAAAACCCAAACCACCAGAUUUCUGUUGCAAGCUCAUACAGAUCUAGGUGUUUAAUUUUUUCCUUUUUGUGCGUUUUGGAUUUUUUUAGUGACUGCAAAACAAACGCCAAAAUGUAAAUCAUAGAUUUACAAAGUGUAAUGUUUGUUAGGGAAAAAAAAUUCUCACAACACGUGGGUCAGAAGAGUUGGCUAGAGCCAACGGGUCUGUAUGGACUACUUUUUGUAGUUGUGAUGCUCUCUCAUGCUCCCUGCCUUGGCUGCUGGAAUUCUUCGUGUCUCCUGAGACUUGUCCUAUAUUGUGUUCAUCCCUCGGGGCUGCUCUCCUAAGCUUUGCUCUUUUCCCUGAGUCUUGCUUUCUAUUCCUCUAUUCCAUGGCCUUUUGUAAAAUUUGCAUAGAAAUACAUUGGUAAGGGAGCCCCUCUGCAAGGCACCUCCUGUUUUGGGUUGGAAGUGCGUGGUUACAGAGGCAGUUUGGAAUCAUCCUUCUCCUCUCCUUCCCCAGGUGAACAGCAAAGGGUUCUUUACUCUGGUGCAGUUGCAUAUAGUGUGUGUACAGCAUCGUCACCUCACCACUCCUCUCCAGUAUUUGAUGAUCUACACAAGGAAGAUCCCAGUGGGAGAGGUUGGGUUUUAUUUCUUUGGCUGUUUGGUUUUGGUUUUUGUGAGCGUGCGUGUGUGUGUGUGUGUGUGUUCGUAGAUUUUUUAGGAUGGACUUAAAAGUUCCUGAAAGGGCUUGGAGUCCUUCACCUGAUGGUAGUCUAAAGUGAAAACUACUUUCAGCUAACUUGGUUUUUGUUGUUUAGCUCUUUCAAAAUGUAAAGUAGGCUGGUCACUCUGAAGUGAGGGACAGAACUGUUUUUGGAGAUGGUAGCUUGCUCACGGGCUGUGUGUCGGCCUCUGCUGGGUGGCAGAAAGUCAUUUGGUGGUGGUUCCAAAGAAGAUAUUUUGAACAAAGAAUGUAUUGGGGAAGGGAUCUGAAAGGUGUUCUUGUUUCUUUGUUUGCUUUCCUCCCCCCCACCCCUCCCCUGUCUGGAAAAAGAUCCUUUGUAACUUUGUAAGGAUGCAUUUGAAGUUUUAAGCUAGGCAUAAAUAUGAUUUUUAUACAGUAGCUUUAAAGAGCUUAGAAACCUAAACUAACUUAGGCAUAGUAAUGUCCCCUCUCCAUAGGUGUCCCCACGGAACAUGGCAGAGAACCUGAAGGGAAAGGGAUAGGAUGGUACUUUAAGAAAAAAUAAGAGCUCUUUUUUCCUUAGGUUUUAUCGAUUUUAAUUUCGGAGCAGAGUGUGCCAGCAUCUCUCUAGCGUCCUCCUUAAAGUACAAGGUUUGAGAUUUAGUGACAAAUAUUUCCCCAACCUUCAGACAUCUCCCAGAUUUGCAUCCUCAUCUGCUAGUCCUGCUCCCAGUGUUUUCCAAAGAUUGUACCUCCAGUAAGUCAUCCCACCCUUGUUUCUAUUUUCUCCCUUGAAAUACCAUUAACAGCAGAAUUGUCUGUUUGGGAUUUUUUUAUUAUCCUUCUGCCCAGCUGGCCAUAGCUAAUACAAGCCCAGAAUCUAACUAAUGGCUAAAGAGACUUACCUGAGCCCUCCUCAUCUCUUCCCUACUCUAGACACACUACUUCAGCUUUACAAAGACACUAACCUCCUUCCUCCCACCUGUGUGACUUCAAAACGGUCAAACGUGUUGGAGAAACUGGGUUAUUGCAAGAUCCAAGAUAUUGCAGUCCCUCUGGUGUACAUGCCAUCAGAAUUACAAAACUUCCCUAUUGGAAAAGGUCACCCUUCUUUCUCUUUUAAUCCCUCCAUUCCUCCCCCCAACAAAAUAAAACACUAGAAUUUAUUUAUACGUAUUUGAUGUUGUAGGUCUAGGUGAAAAAGUAAUUGUUUCACUGCUCUAUUUAUAUAUUAUGUCUGAAUUAUUCUGUGCAGGAAAGGCCAAGAAAUGCAUGUGAGCUUCAUUCCAUUUCUCAACUUUGCGUGACUGUCAGCUGCAGUUGGCAAGACUCUCUCACUUAGUGGAGUUUUGUGUGAUGGAAAGCAGUUUUAGAGCCCAAAUUUCUACGGUGCAAUAUCCUUCUCUGGCAUAUAUUUUUGCUUGUUUGUUUGUUUGUUUGUUUGUUUAAAGCUAGUCCAAGGUUAGUGCAGUUUGUGGUGCUCUGGAGUCAAAAGGAAAAGCCUCAGAUCCUCAAAGGAGGAGAAAAGCCAAGGGAGCUGGAAUGCUGAUAAAAAUCCGGUGUGGAGAGGAGGAUGGAGAUGCACAGAACGUGUCAAUGCAGUUACAGAGGGUCCUUCUGCUUGCUGUCUGCACUGUUGAAGGCUUGAUUUAUUGCUGAUUUAUUCCUUUGUGAGUUGCUUUAGCUUUGACUGGAAGUCAGCUACCAAAUUGCAGCCUCAUUCUGCUGGGAAAGGUGGAGCCCAUCUUUCCAGCAAGAAGCAGGAAUGUUCAGAGGCUGACCCUGCUGCUCCCUGUCGCACAGUGAGCCAUGGCCAGCAGCUCCAGUCAGCGCUGCUGUCCUCACCACUCCUGCUGUUAGCUCUUAAUUUAAAAACAAAUCAGCAUUGACGUCUUGGAAGAAAAAAAAGGGCAUAAAAAGGCACUCCAGUGUAUUUUAAACGACAGGCAGAAGCAGCAGUCACCAGUGCCACAGGCAUUGCUGUUGAUGUUCCAUAGCUUGCUCCUGGCUGUGCCAGCUGUGCAGUGUCAGCACCUCUGGAUGUGUUUGCUGCCCGUUGUGUGUGUGGUGCUCCAUCAACGCCUUCCUCGCAGGAAUGCUGCAAAGCCACGAGCUGCCCUGUGCUUCCUGUGUGUUUAUAGACUGGUAUGCAUGCCAGGACCUCCUUCUGUUGCAUCUUCUUAACCCUCCUUUUGUUCCAGGCUGGCUAAGCACAGCUUAAUUCCUGGUUAUUUUUUAUUCAGCAACCCAGUUUCUUCAUAAGAAAGUUUUAUUUGUGAAUAAAAUUUAAUUUACAACAGCCACCAGCGUGCUUAGUUGUGGCACAUGGACAGAAAAGGUGCAUUUAGCUGUCUCUUUUUUGCUUCAGAGUCCAGCUAUUCUUGUUGUUUAUUUUAAUCCAAAGACCACCAGGUUUUCCAGUGGCCAUAGACACUCCCUUGGGUUUAGUGGCUUGUUCUGGCUGCUCCAGAUGUCCUUGGCUGUCCCCCAGGAAUCACAGCUGCAGCAGUGAGGCGCUCACCCUUUAGCAUGUCUCGAGGCAUUGUCCUUAGCUGGAAUCCUCCCUCUGGUUCUGUAAAAAUUGCAUUUGUUGUUUCUCAAGGGGAUACUGUCCUCCUUAAAGCUUUUAACUUCAUGACCUGUAUAGUAAAUUUUUUUUGGCCUUUCCUCUCUUUGUCUUUUCAUGUAGACCAGAUAUUUGAAAGGGCAGACGAUGGAUAAUUGUGUAACGUGCAACCUGUUUAUAUUUUUUGGAAACUCUUAACUCGGACCGGAAUUCGAAUCACGGAAUCACCAGGCCAGUUGCGGCACACUUCUUUAUUGCCCUUCUCCUCGUUUCAGUACCUAUUGUUUCUCCUUUCAAAUAUGUGAUUGUAUUAGCUCUUUCCAUAUGAAAGAAUUCUCCUUAUUUAAAUAAAAAAAAAUUAAAAAAUAAAGCAGAUUAUGCUUUUCUCAAA